UAAAAAAUAACGGAGAUGAAUCUUCUUGAUUUACCUAAAGAAUGCAUCGCCGCCGUGAUUUCUUUCACCAGCCCUCACGACGCCUGCCGUAUCUCCGCCGUCUCCAAGUUACUUAAAUCCGCCGCCGAUUCCGACCCCGCGUGGGAGAGGUUUCUUCACGAAGAGCAUCGUCUGUUUAUUGAUCGUUCUUCUUCGUCUAGGUUUUCCAAGAAGCAGCUUUUCCUCCAUUCCCCUCUUCUCAUCGACGAUGGCAGAAUGAGCUUUUGGAUGGAAAAGAGAAGCGGGAAGAAAUGUUUCAUGUUGUCUGCGAGGAAACUAGAGAUCACUUGGGCUGAUUCUCCUGAUAUCUGGUCAUGGAUUUCGAUUCCGGACUCAAGGUUUGAGGAAGUUGCAGCGCUUGGAAUGAUAUGUUCGUUGGAAAUCCGAGGCAAAAUAAGCACAUCACUUCUCUCCAAAGGCACCAGUUAUGAAGCUUACCUUCUUUUCAAGGAAAAAGAAACGGGAGCAUUUGGAUUUCAGAAUCAGCCUGUGAAGACGAGCUUUGGAUCCACAAGAAACAGCUUGCUUCCUAAUAAUAGACAAGAGUGUCUUGUGCAUACAUACAAGAGUCCUCGUCCUCCUAGGGAAGAUGGCUGGUUGGAGAUUAAGCUUGGUGAGUAUUAUGUCGGUUUUGACGAGGAGGAGGAGGAGCUCGAAAUGUCAAUGUUGGAGAUAAGUUAUUGUGAUUGGAAAGGCGGAAUCAUUGUUCAAGGGAUCGAGAUUAGGCCAAAAGCAGAAAUCUUUUGAUUCAGUGACUCCACUCGCAAGUGAAUUCUAGUUUGUUGUGUGAUUAAAAAACAAAUAAUUGAAACGUCUAAGCUAUGCAAUGCAAGGACAUGUACAUUUUUCUUUCACGUCGUGGUGUGUGUUUAAUCAUGAUCUUGGUUUGUAA